CGCUUCUGUCCAUGGAGAUGAACACGGAUACGGGCCUACUACUACCUGGUUCGUCGGCGAUAGAGCACCGACGCAGGCACACACUCCACCGUCCCAUCGCCGCGCUGCGCGAUUUUCUUCCACUUGAGCACAGGCGCGGACCGCCCCAGGACGCUCUUCCUCCAGACCUGCCAUGUCUAAAACCGGCCACUUGGAUGAGGAAAGAGUGCUCCCCAGUGCGCAUAAGGAAUCGCGCGACGUCGAGGAGCAGCAGGACAUCAAGGUCGAUGUCCACACGGGCCUGUACGACGGGGUGAAGCGCAACAUGAAGCAGAGGCAUAUCCAGAUGAUAGCUAUUGCCGGGACGCUAGGCACAGGGUUGUUUCUGGGCUCUGGAAAGGCGAUCGCGCAUGCAGGACCUGCUGGUGCUCUCCUCGCAUACAUUCACGUCGGCACGAUCAGCUACUGCAUGCUCAUGUCCCUCGGCGAGAUGAUAUGCUACAUGCCCAUCUCCGGCGGAUACAUACAUCUGGCGGAACGUUUCGUGGAUCCCGCGGUCGGAUUCGCGCUGGGCUGGGUGCAGUGGUACGGCGGCGUGGUGUCCCUCCCGACGGAGAUCAUCAGCGCGACGCUCGUCAUCGGGUUCUGGGACACCCCGAUGCCCACCGCGCAUCUGGUCGCCCUGAUCACGCUCCUCAGCGUCUUUUGUGCGGCGAUCAACUUCCUCGGUGUCCGCUGGUUUGGCGAGUCCGAGUUCAUCUUCGCCAUGAUCAAGAUCAUGCUCGUCGUCGGUUGUGUCGUCGGAGGGCUGGUUAUCGAUCUGGGAGGUGGACCGGACGGGGAUAGAAUCGGAUUCCGGUAUUGGGAGCAUCCCGGCGCCUUUGCGCCGUACAUUUCCACCGGGAACGCGGGGCGAUUCGCAGGGUGGUUUACCACACUGCUCCAGGCUGCCUACUCGUACAGCGGCAUGGAGAAUCUCGCGAUGACCGCGGCGGAGGUGGAGAAUCCGCGCCGCUCACUGGCCAAGGCGGUCCGCCGAGUCUUCUACCGCAUCAUGCUGUUCUAUGUGUGCGGCAUCCUCGUCGUUGGCAUGCUCGUUCCAUUCAACGACCUCCAUUUGCUCCAAUCGACCGGGACGGCCGCAGACUCCCCAUUCGUUCUCGCCAUGACGCGUGCCGGCGUCAAAGUCCUUCCCUCGAUCAUCAACGCCGGUGUGCUGACCUCCGCGUUCUCCGCGGGGAGCAGCGGGCUGUAUGGAACGUCGAGGAAGCUUUAUGGAAUGGCGCUGCGGGGGCAGGCCCCGCGCAUCUUCGCCAAGACGACCCCAGGCGGACUCCCAAUGGUAUCGCUUGCGUUCUCGAGCGUGUUUCUCGUGCUCGCGUACAUGGCGGUGAACAAGGGCUCCUCGACUGCGCUCAAUUGGCUCACCAAUCUCACCACCAUCCGGGCCUUCGCCAGCUGGGGCAUCAUCUCAUGGGUGUACAUCCGCUUCCACGCCGGACUUAAAGCGCAGGGCAUCGACCGGACGCGCUUCGUGUAUUGGAGCAGGUUGCAGCCGUGGGCGGCGUAUUGGUCGCUGUUCUGGAGCAUCAUGAUCGUCGUGUUCAAUGGCUUCCGGGUCUUCGUGCACGGCCAGUGGUCCACGACGGAUUUCAUCAUCGCGUACGUCAACCUGCCCAUCGGCGCAGUGCUCUACAUCGCGUACAAGCUCAUCCGCAAGACAAGGAUGGUGGACCUGGAGAAGAUGGACUUUUACUCAAAUGUGCCACCGCCGGAUGUCGACUCGAAUGAGGCGGAAAAUGGGGCGGGAAGGGGUAUUUGGAGGAGAAUUUCAAGGUGGUUGUUUUGA